ACACAAGAAUGGAAAUACUUCACAAGAAGACCCUAUGACGGUACAGACGAAACUACUACAAGACCACAGGCUACACAUUGAAACAGCCUGCCAAAACUUCACGUGCAUAUCUCGUGCUGCACUCACUUAGAAAUGGGGUUUAUUUCAAAUUCAAGUUAUUUCAUGAUGACAAUGAAAAGAACACUAUAGAAGUAAAGGUUGAACCAGAUUGCUUUGCCGUCUAACCUGGAACCGAAUGCACCUUCAAAUCAGAGUCCCAGAUAUUUCACCGCUUCAGAAGUGUUUACCGUCCUUUAUGGCCAGACAACACGAUGGCAGGUGAAUAAAGACGAACUUGGUUCUCAGUCGGCAGGGCGUUUUGUAGCACAAGAGGCACUCAAUCCAGCGUGUGAAGUUUGUCAAACAAUGCCCCCUGGAUCAUGUGCCCUACACAGGCAACCCACUCAGCCGUUGACCGACAGACGUGUGAGCUACGCCGUCAAGUCCUUACCACCGGAAUGCAAGUUUGGAGUCUCCUACUCAGCGGGGGAGGGGUGCGGUGUGUACACCAAUCAGCCCAUCCCUACGGGGACAUGGAUUGGUCCAUUUGAAGGAAGACGAAUUCGUCCAAGCGACGUCACAUCAGAAAUGGAUACGUCACAUAUGUGGGAGAUAUACGAAGGUUCCACAUUGUCUCAUUACAUUGACGGGAGUGACGAGAACUGUUCCAGCUGGAUGCGGUUUAUCCGCUGCGCAAGACAUAAGGGCGAACAGAACCUGUAUGCAUUUCAGUAUAACGGAAACAUUUACUACAGAGCAUUCAAAGAUAUUCCUACAGGCACAGAACUGCUUGUAUGGUAUGACGACAAAUACCCAAUGUACAUGGGCAUUCCGCUCGGGUUACAAGUUAACGCUAUGCCAGGUGGAGCUUCUUCAGCCACGCACGACAGAAAACAAGAAAAAAUGGCAUCGCAACAGCCCAACCGACCAAUAAACUCGACAUCAUCCCCAUUUAAACCUCAAGACACUACUCGAUAUACCAGAGCAGUCACUAGUUCUCAGUUCCCGCUCAGUACAAGCCCUCUUUGGAGUUCUCAAUGUACGAAAGCUUCGCCACCUGAAGCAAAGAAACUUCCACCACUGAUUCCAACAUACACUUUGCAUCAAAGACAACCGUCGUUAGAAAGCGUACCACGAGACCAGCGGUCUCCCUUGAGAAGUGACGUGGAAAGUGACGUCGGUAACCGUGGCAACAAUAAGAUACCAAGUCCCACCAGCCAAACAAGCGAGUUAACAUCGUGGCGAUGUCAACAGUGCCAUAAGACCUUCACUCAGCGAGUUGCGUUGCAAAUGCACGUGUGUCCAACCCAACCCACCAAACCUUACCAGUGUGGACAGUGCAGUAAGACAUUCACAAACUCCUCAGACCUGCGCGCGCAUGUGAUAUCUCAUACAACAGAGCGGCCGUUCAAGUGCGGCUUUUGCUCACGCACGUUCGUUGGGGCAACAACGCUAAACAAUCACGUGCGGACCCACAUGGGUCAAAAACCUUUCAGCUGCGAGAAGUGCGGCAAGACAUUUUCACAAGCUAUGCACCUCGCGAGACACGCGCGGGAAUCGUGUGACCUUGUGAGUGAAAAAAGUAGAACGGAUACUGUGACUACACAUACGUUGUCAACAUGAACUACGUGAGGUUUUUUGUGCUACAUUUAUAAAAAAAAAAGUUUUUAAUUACCAAUUCAGUCGAAAGAAACCACAGUUAAAAUGUAAAAAUAAGAUACUCGAUCAAAAUGGAAAACAAAAAAGUCAGAGAAGCUAAGCUUUUAAAAGGAGAAACUGCUCUUAGCGUACUCUCACAAAAAUGCCAGCGCGUUUAUUGAAAGACUUUUUCUAACAAGUGUACAUUUGUGUAUAGUUUAUCAAGGUUCAUAGAAUAUCGCAUUACUAUUUCACAGCGUAGAAAGACAAAGGCAAUAAAGUUAUUUAA